UUACUUCCUGCACAAGUGAAGGACCCAAUGAGAUUACAUCACAUAUAUGCUCUUGUAUAAGAGCACAGAAAGAUCUACCAAAGACUCUUUCUAACGCCACCAUUGCUGCAAUUCUCGCGACCGUUUCUUCCCACUCACUUCACAACGCAAUCUUGUUUGCUCCAAUCUUACUUGGUGGUCUCUGUGUUUUCAUGAUUUCAUCUUCUGAUCCAUAGUCAAAAUCUUAUCUUUGAUUCUUGGUGCAAGCUCUUUUUCUCGAAAGAUCCUUGGUGCAAAUUCUUGGCCAUGGAGGGGGUGGAGGAAGCCAACCGGGCGGCCGUGGAGAGCUGCACGAAACUCGUCACCCUCCUCUCGCGCUCUGGGGACCCCUUCCAGCCCAUGCCCGUCGCUGCGGAGACCGGUGAGGCGAUCGCCCGGUUCGGCAAGGUGGUCGCCGUCCUGAGCGACAGGCUAGGCCAUGCCAGAGCAAGGGUCGGCAAGAGGAAUCCUCCUCCUGUUGACGCAAGCUGCCUCUUGGAUCACCCAUCGUUGGCGCCGUACAACACUCCCAACGGUGGCCCCCUAGUCAUUAGUACUCCGGCACCGCCGCCGCCGCCGAUGCGAAACGUCGCUCCGACAAGCAGACAAGAAACGGUAGUGGAGCCGGCGGUGGUGGUGGCGCCUUGUGCCAACGUGACAUUGACGCCGGCCAAGUUUGACAGGAACAUGUUCAUGGAGACGCCGCUGCUGGACUUGCACUCUUGCAGCGUACUUCCCACGGCCAUGGCGGUGCAGAAGAACAGCCCAACAGUCACCGCCGUUCCUGCAUCCAAUCCAUGCGCCACCACCACUCACAUCCAAUUCCAGCCGUACACGAAGCAGAAGAGCUUCCAGUUCGAUCAGGCGCCAAGCGGCGAGCAGUUCCACAUCGAGGUGCCUGUGCCGCUGCCCCGGGGCGGCGGCGGCGGCGCAUGCAAGGAGGUGAUCAGCUUCAGCUUCGACAACAACUCGGUGUGCACCUCGUCGGCGGCGACAUCCUUCUUCCCCUCAAUCAGCAGCCAGCUGAUCAGCAUGUCCGACGCCGCGACGAGCUCCGCCGCGCUCCCGUCCAAGAAGCCGUGCGCCAGGAGAGCGGAGGACGGCAAUGGCAAGUGCCACUGCCCAAAGAAAAAGAAGCCGAGGGAGAAGAGGGUGGUGAGGGUGCCAGCGAUCAGCGACAAGAAUGCCGAUAUUCCAGCGGAUAAUUACUCGUGGAGGAAGUAUGGGCAGAAACCCAUCAAAGGCUCUCCUCAUCCAAGGGGAUACUACAGGUGCAGCAGCAAGAAGGACUGCCCGGCGAGGAAGCACGUCGAGCGGUGCCGCAGCAACCCUGCCAUGCUGAUCGUCACCUACGAGAACGACCACAACCACGCGCAGCCGCUCGACCCGUCAGUGCUAGCCGCAAACACUACAUAAGCCUAUCCGAGGUUGUCGACGCCGGGAGCAACGCACACAGAGUCCUUGCAAUUCAUGGACAACCUGUGCGGCCUGCACUGUCGCUCGGAUCAUGCUCAGAGCUCAGCUUUGUCUCAUGAAACAGGAGGUGCAGGACA